AAGCGAUAGUUAAUAUAAUUGCGUUCUUCGGUUCACAAGCACUCAGAAGUUUGUAAAGAGCGCAGAAAGUAUGUUAUGUCUUCGUUAACCGCGCGUUUCAAGAAUUAUUUAAGUUAGUUCUCGAACCAAAUUGCACCUAUCAAUGGAAAACCGUUUUGUGUCGAAAUUUUACAUUUUGCAAAAGUAAUAACAAGCAAUAUGAUUCCAUCGAAAUAUUUUUAAUUUACUAUUGUCUUUCAUAAUAUAUACAAAAAAAAAAAAAAAAAAAGAAUUUUGGAAAGACCUAUAUAUGAUUUUCUAUGUUAAAUUUAUAAAUCCUUCGUUUUAUAUAUAAUCGUAGCAUGUUUUUAACAAAAUUCUCUAUUCCACGUAAGCAAAGUGUAGUUAAAUAGAGAAGCACCAAAUAGAAGAAUCGACCGUGUAUUAAAACAAAUUACAAUUGAAUGAUUGAAAUAGAUAAACGAGAAAAAGAAAGUAGAAAAGAAGACCAAAAAUGCCUGCCAAUCUCAGUAAAUUUAUUAAAACAAGCUGUAAGGAAUACACACAUUGGUGGACAAAUUCGUGUAUUUCUGCAUCGAUGGGCCUCGGCUUAGACUGUUUGCAAGAAUCUCUGAAAAUUUAUUCGAUAGUAUAUAUCGUUACUUUAUUGAUGAAACGAAAGAAACCAACAAAAGAUAUCAUUAUACAAACGAUAUUAGGAAUUCUUCAAUCUUCAGCAUUUCUUUCUUGGAGUGCAUUUAAUUAUUCCCUGAAUAUUUGUGGUCUAAGGAGGGUGCUAGGAUGUAUGAAUAUUAUUACAGUAUCUUUUUUACCUUCAUUUCUAUCUAAUAUAGCUGCUAUUUUAAUAGAAAAACCUUCUAGGCGUACUUUAUUAUGUCUCUAUGUGUCAAAUGUUGCAACAGAAACCUUAUUUAAUAUGGGCAUUUGGAGAGGAUAUUAUCGAAGCAUUCCAUAUGGACAAGUUUAUAUUUUUGCUUUAAGCAUAGCUAUGUUACUUUACUUUUAUCGAUCUAAACCUGUCAAGCAAGAUUCUAUAUACAAACUUAUUAGGUUUAUCAUUGGUCCAUAUGAACAGACUGAAUAUUUUGGCAAAAGAAUUGAAAAUUUUCAAACCACUUCUUCCACUCAACCUUCAGAAUUAAGAACCUUUAACCUUUUAGAAAGAAGAUCCAAACGUCAUACCUUUGAUAUUAUUUGGAAGUCUUUUGAAGUUUACAAACAGAUCAUAAAUAAUUUAAAAAAUAAAAGUAAACAUUUGUCUUGUCCACACCCUUACAGCUGUGCUCAUUAUGUAUUAAUGAGCGGAGCACAAUUAUUCAGUUAUGGAUAUGGUAUACAAGUAGCCAUACAAUUGAUCUUUCAUUAUAGACAAAUUUUUACAAAAUCAAAGAAUAUAAAAAAAAUAUUAUUUAAGAGAGAAUAUUUCAAGUUCGCUGCAUUUCUAGGGGGAUUUACUACACUUUACAAAUUCACAUCAUGUUUACUACGAAGAACAUAUAAUAAAGAUUCUCCAAAGUUUGCUAUACCUGCUGGUUUGGUUGCCAGUAUUGCAUUUAUUGCGUUUCCAAAUAAUACUUUAGCUUUAUACCUUAUGUGGAAAGUACUACAUUUAAUCUGUGUCGAUGGAGUAGAAAAAGGAAUACUGCCUGAUGUUAAAUGGUUUGUUAUUUUUCUAUAUAGCUUCUCUACAGCAGUACUUUUUCAUGCAGGUAUUUUAGAACCACAAAAUUUAAGAACCUCUUACUGGAAAUUUCUGUAUAAUGUAUCUGGUGGAAGAAUAGCAUCAAUAUCACGUCUUCCUUUAGAACCUUUUGGUCUUAAUAGUUCAAAAUCAUUGCAAGAAGUACUUGCACGAACUAAUACUACUGAUAAACAUAUAUAUUCAUUUUAAUUAGUUCAAUAAAAUUGAAAACAAACAUGUAUUCUAUUUUUGUAUAUUAAAAUAUUAAAACAAUUGUUUAACCAAAGAGUAAAAAAUGUAUUUCAUAAUUGUGAAAGAAUCUGAAUACACUACAAAAUAUACUGAUAAUACAAUCA